GUCGGCACUCGCCUACUUACCCCUUUCUCUUACCGAGCUAACUCCACCACCAAUCAUGUCUUCGAAGCAGACCAUUGUUCUCAUCACCGGUAUACAGCAUUUAACUUUUCCACAACAAAUCUAACAAUACCCAGGCGCAAAUCGCGGCAUCGGCUACGAAACCGCCAAGAACCUCCUCCUCCACUCUGCCAAAUACCACAUCCUCCUCGGAUCCCGCUCCCUAUCCCGCGGGGCUUCUGCAGCCAGCGACCUACAAUCCACACCCGGAGUCCUCGGGACCGUCACAUCCCUCCAACUGGACAUAACAUCUGACUCUUCUAUAAGUGACGCAUUCGAAUUCAUCAAAACCAUCCACGGGCACCUCGACAUCCUGGUCCUCAAUGCCGGGAUCUUCGGUCUGCACCCAGGGACAGCCACCCCUUCUAGUCUACGCGCAAACUUCGCCACCAUCCUUUCCACAAACGUGGUUUCCGCCCUGGUGAUGACAGAGACGUUCCUCCCUCUCCUCAAUAACUCAAAGUCUCUUUCCCCUCCACGUACACCAAGGAUAGUGUUUGUGUCCAGCUCAGUCGGCUCGUUGAGUCAGGCCGCGGAUCCGAAUUCGAAGUAUCACCACCCGGGUGCGAACGAGUAUCGCGCGAGCAAGGCGGCUCUGAAUAUGCUGAUGGUGCAGUAUUGGGUUCGAUUGAAGGGCGAGGGGUUUUUGGUCCACGGUUCGGAUCCGGGGCUGGUUGCUACGGAUUUCUUGGAUCGGGAGCAGGUUAAGAAGAGAGGGGCAGUGGAGGAGUGGGUUGGCGGUGAGAGGGUUGCGAGUGUAGUGAGGGGUGAUAGGGAUGCGGAUGUUGGGAGAGUUUGUGGUGAGUAUGGGAUUAGCCCUUGGUGACUCUGGCGCGAAAGUGAUUCUCGCGGGUUGUGUCUCGUAUUGCGAUUGCGUCCCACACCAGUAACUUCAAUUUCCAUACGAUCUAAUGCAUCUGAUUCGGACAAGAAACGCCGAUAAGUUGAAUAAGGACGACAACUCGUUGCUUAUACGACGCAUCCUCUAUUUAGUACCGUGGGUCCAUGCCCUCAGACUUCAAAAGGCCGUAAUGCAGUUGCACGAUACAGCAGGUCUCCCGUUAAGUUUCCUCCACUUGUACAAGAUCCAAUGUGCCAUACGAAUUGUGACGGUUAAGAGGUAUGCUCUGCCACAUAUAACCAAGCGCAAGCUGAGUCUCUGGGUCCGUAAGAAUUUCUUUUGCUUCUGCUGUCCUUGUUUUGACGUUUUUGGGGAAUUUUUG